CUCAUUUCCUUUUUAUUCCUUAUUAGUAGACAUAAAACUGAAAGCUAGUGGUUUUACACAUUGCAUAAUAUCUUCGCGCGUAUUCAUGCAGUGGAAGCAGUAACAUGGACUCCAUUUGUACUUGAUUACUCAGACAGUGACUGAAAACAAAACCUACUAGGAUUCUAUUGUUAGACGGAGUGAGGACCCUAAUAAAGGUGUGUUUUACAGAUGUGACUAACUGUGUUUGCAACCAGCAAAACAGCACCGCGUUGCAAAGACACGAGAGAGGCAUUCCUGCAAACUGAGGAGACAUUCACAUCAACAUACAUCAGCUCUGUAGGUCGAUGCAGUGAAGAAUGUCAAGAUCAGCAGCUGGUGUGUCACUGGUGGUUACUGUGACACUGUUGUGUCUUUCAGCGGGUGUGAAUCCAUCCACAGCCAGUGCAACGCAGGACGUCUUCCAGGCAGAGGAAGGCAGUAACGUCACACUGACAUGCCAGUUUCCUCUCAAGACUCACACGCCUGCCACCAGGCUGAAUAUAGACAUUAUAUGUAUGAACCUAGGGAGGUUGAUCUACCGUUAUGACAGUGAGUCCGAGGCUGAGCUGUAUGAAGAUGAGCUCUACAGAGGACGAGUGUUGUGCGAUCUAGAGCUCCUCAAGAAAGGACGGAUUGAAUGUCUCUUCACUGAUCUGAGACUCAACGACACCAGCGCAUACAUCUUUAUUGUUGUGAUUAACAGAGUUAGUCACGGCGAUAAGUGCGUCCUCAAAGUUACAGAACCCAACUCUGUUAAAACCUGGACAACAGAGACGCCGCCGCAUCCCACAAGAGAUGUCCGAACUCCAGGUUCAAAUGAGACGGAUGUUAAAGGUGGUCGGCUCCGUCUGAUCGUUCUGGUCCCGGUUCUGGUUGUGGUCCUGAUCCUGGGCGGAGGAGUCGCUGGAUAUUUACUCAAACACAAGUGUCAAAAACAAAAUCGUCCGGAGUAUGACGUCGCCCCAGCUGAACCUCUUCCAGUCUAGGUGCCUUGCUCAGAGGCACGUCGGUAGUUUAAUAAUGGAGAGCAGCGUGUCCAGCCAGCCACAAGUGGACCGACCAGAUCAGCAGCGUGACGGAUACGGAUCGCCGUCGGAGAGAACGUACAGUAAGUCUGAUUAGAAGAUGACCUUUUUAACGCUUGAUGACUGAGUGACUUUGCACCAAAACGCUGGAGGAAUCCGGGCUUCACAUUAAAAAGGUGGAUUUAAAAGCGACGCCUGCUAAAAACAGAUGGAUUUUCUUCCUGCACAUGUUUGGAUUAAACUGAGAGAAGAACUGUGAACUCUCUUCAGCACCAGGAUCACGUUUCAUCUACUUUUUCUAUCAAGAGAAGACGGACUUAAUGUCAGCACUACUGUUAUUUAUUAUAUAUGUUAUUAUACUAUUAGAGUUACAGUUUGACUUCACCAUGAUGGACAGAAAAUACGACAAAGGUGUUUUUUUUUUUUAAUCCAAACCUUCUUUAUCAUGAUGUCAUUUAUCACUGUGAGUGAAAUACUACUGCAUGUUGUUGUAGUACAUAGGGAUGUCAUACUUUAACUACCGGCUCAGCAAGGCAAAGAUGACCGUGGAGAGGGCAUUUGGCCAUCUCAAGGGAAGAUGGCGGUGUUUAAUGAAGAGAUAUGAUUGCCAUAUUGACAACAUCAACACCACCAUCACAGCCUGCUGCGUGCGUCGUAAUUUUUGUGAAGUAAACGAGGAGCAAUAUGAUGAAGACUUCGAUGUUUAUGGAGACAAUGAGGUGGCUGAAUGUAAUCCCCUUCAG